AACCAUCUCAAACUGAAUUUUUCAUACAUCUUGAAGAGCUUAAUCAACAACAGUUCACAACCAAAUUCAGCUCAGUGUGCUAGAUUCAUACUCUGACUGAAAACCCUGAAGUAUCAUUAUACCGUAUGAUCUUGAUUUCUGACAUUUUAUUUUCCCGCGGCGGAAGAGCAUCAGCAUCCUGAGCCACCUUUCUUUAACCCUUUCUUUACAUUUACCACAAGCUGUUCAUCAGCUACAAAUACUCGAAGAUGGCACCUCAAACGCGCAAGAGAAACUACAACCAAAGUACAACGAAAGAUACAUCUGUGGAGAAACCGACAUCGGAAGAAAAGCGCAAGCUGCCUGUAAGAGCCAAAGACGGUGACUCCAGUGACGGUGCGACGCCAAUUUCAACGGAAUCAAAGGGUACCAAGGUGGUUUUUGGAGAUGACGACAAUGACAACGCGGCGCCUCCCCCUGUGGUAGUCCCAAAACCUGCUGCGCCGGUAGAGGAGGAAGAUGAGGAAGACAAUAGUGACGAUGAAGCCCCUGAGGCCGUAUCAACUUCUAAGGUGGCGUCUGAUAUCAAGAAAUCCAACCAAGCAGCUCAGAAAGCAGCCCAGGAGGAGGCUGCUGCACAGAAGCGCAAGCGUCGGGAAAGGGAUGAUUUCUUCAAGCAGCAAGCUGAAGAGCGCAAGAAGUUUGAGGAGCAGGAGAAGGCUGGGGGGGAUGAAAAAGCUUCCGUCGAAGAGGAGCCUGCACAGUCGCUCAUCCAACGAAGCAAAGCAGAGAAAGCGGUGAACCUGUUACCCGCCGAGUUUUUGACAGAUUCCAGCGAGGACGAGGCCGAUGGGAUUGAUGAUCAACCAGAGGAACGUCCAAGGAAACGCCGUGUUGCAACUGUGGAAAGAAGCCUGGCCCGCCAGGAAAGGGGACCUAGGGAUGAGCGGGUAGGCUCAACCGUCUACCGCGUUGCUAAGAAGACAGAUGAGAGGAUGGCACCUAAGUUGAAGAAGCAUGCAAAGAGCUCUAAAGAUAUUCUCUUGAAGAGAAACCGGAGUGUCACGAAGCAACGGUCUGGUUUCUUCGUCAGGUAGAAGAAUAACCAAGUAUCAGUUCUUUGUCACGUCAGUUCGAUACCAUAAUACCAUAGCUAGGAGUCAUUCUGCUCAAAAUACUACACUCGUCUUUUUCAGAA